AUCAGUAUGGCGGCUGGAAGCGAAAAGAAGACGACUCAGCAGGUCUUUCUUUGGGGUCUGGGAGCUGUGUACUUGUUUGCAUUUUUAUCUCUCUAUCUUCAAGUGCCCGGUUUAUAUGGGAUAAAUGGAAUGGUUCCAGCGCACAGACUGAUGAUGCGAGAUGAGGUAUCUACAGAUUGGGAAAGGUUCAAGGAAAAGCCGACGUUGUUGUGGCUCUUACGGGGCUACUUGCUGCUGAGUCCGGAGACAGGAAUGGAUCUUAUAUGUCUACUGGGAGCUGUUUUGGCAUUCUUUGUUCUUCUCUUUGAGCAAGUUCGCUCCUCGUUGACAUUCGCCAUCAUGUGGUAUUUUUACUAUUCAUUAUAUCAGCACGGCGAGGUGUUUAUGUGGUUUCAGUGGGAUAUUCUGCUAUUGGAGACUGGCUUUCUAGCUAUCAUCGUUGCUCCACUAAAGUCUUGGAACAAUUCGAAGUCGAAGGAUCAUGAUGGGAUGACAUUGUGGCUUGUCAAGUGGUUGCUGUUCAGACUAAUGUUUGCAUCUGGUGUCGUGAAAUUAACAAGUGAGUGUCCGACGUGGUGGGGUCUCACAGCCUUGAACUGGCACUAUGAGUCACAGUGUAUUCCAACUCCAUUGUCUUGGUAUGCUCAUCAACUACCCGAAUGGUUUCAGAAGCUUUCUGUUGUUGCAACGUAUUAUAUCGAGAUUCCAAUUACAUUCUUGUUUUUUGCUCCUGUCAAGUCAUUACGAAUUGCUUCGUUUUACUUACAGGUUUUCUUUCAGAUAUGUAUUAUGCUGACUGGAAACUACAACUUUUUCAAUUUGGUGACGUGUGUGCUGUGUAUUUCGCUUCUGGAUGAUCAUUACAUUUAUCGAAUUUUUGGUUGGAAGUUUAAUGGAGAGCCGCCGGUUUCAAAGAGGCUUUCAUACAAAUUUUUUGGUGAAAGAACGAACGUAAUCUGUCGCAGAAGUUCUCAAGUAAUAACCACCAUUGUCAUGUCUACAAUACUCUACUAUACAUGGAAGCUGUUUGGCCUCGAUAUUGAUUUUCAGCAAUGGCAAAUUACCAGUGUUGUUUCAUUUACGUUUAAUGGUUUCUCUCAUACGCUCAAGGAUAUCAUGCCUUGGACAAUAUACAUGGCUGUUUUGUCUUUGGGAGUAGAGAUUGCUGCUGCUCUGUAUAGAUCACUGACGAAGGAGUGUGGUGUCUUUGAUCGAGUAUGGUCAUUGCUACAGACAUCAUUCUUUAUUGUAGUUGUUGUUACUAUGUUCGGCAUUAGUCUGGUUCCUCAUACCGUCCUUGAUAGAAGUACUCGAAACAGCGUUUGGCCAGCUUUCAAACAAAUUUAUGAUGACACAGAAUAUCUUGAAAUUACUAAUUCAUAUGGAUUAUUUAGGCGUAUGACUGGAGUCGGUGGCCGACCUGAGCUAGUCAUUGAAGGCAGUAAUGAACUGGAGAGUGGCUGGAAGGAAUAUGACUUUCUGUACAAACCGGGAGACAUGUAUGAGUAUCCACCGCUUGUUGCUCCACACCAGCCACGUCUGGACUGGCAAAUGUGGUUUGCAGCGUUGGGUCACUAUGAGCAUAAUCCGUGGCUAAUUAAUUUGGUCUAUCACCUGCUGUUUAAUUCACAACCAGUCUUGGAUCUAAUGGGAGUCAAUCCAUUUCCUGAUGCUCCACCAAAGUACAUGCGGAUAUCUCGUUAUCGUUAUCACUACACUGCGGCUGGGAAUGACACAGAGGCAUGGUGGUGGAGAGAUGAGGGAGAAAUCUAUCUUCCUAUUGUUACAAAGGAAGUUGAGUCAAUGCGAGCCUUUUUGAAAUACAAUUAUGGAUUUCAUUACAAUGUUCAAAAACCAGACACUGUGAUUGAGGAAGAUACUAUCAGUGUGUCACUACGAGCAGUUCGUCGUCUCCUCAUUGGUGUACCACCCAUGCCCUUUCUCAUGUCAGUUUUCACAGCAGCUGUACUGAUAAUCUCAACAAGAGCUGUCUUGGCCACAGUAACUGAGAGGAAGAAGUCAGUGGCUCCUGUGCCUGAGCAAAAGAAAGCAGCUGAGAAAGCAGCUGAGAAAGCAGCUGAGAAAGCAUCAAACCGGGCAAAGGAUAAGGAAUGAAGUCUAUCACGUGACACAAAAUUUGCAUGACCGAUUACUGUGAAGUCAAAUUCUAUCUUGUAGGGAGCAGUACUUGUAGUAGUGCAUCAAACGGUCGUGUUGUCAAUUAGAUAGUAUAUAGAAUUUAUGCAAUUGAAUCGAGGGUUUUGUCUUGUGUCUGUUAUUGUACACAGAAACACGAUUGUAGGACAUCUA